AUGAAACAAAUUUUAGUGAGAAGCUUUAUUCGUUUCAAGUCUUCAUUACCACCUCUAUCAACCCUAGAGAAGUUUAAUUUUAGAGUGUCUACUCAUACUAUCAAUCAAGUCAAUGAAAAUAUCGAUGAAUAUUUAAAUCAGCCCAUAGUUUUGAAUGGACAUUUGAAUAGGAAGCCCAGAUUGAUGGCUAAGAACUCGUUUGCCGAGAUAAGAGAUUCAAGUGGUAACUCAGUGCAGUUGAUAUUCCGUCCUGAAUCUACUGGAGAAAAGCAUUUCCAAACAAUCGAGAGUUCAAUGGUUGAAGAAUCUUGUAGCGUAGAAGGACUUGUCAAACUUAAGGAAACAAGAGAUGGUUCAAAGCAAUGGGAAUUAUUGGUGACUAAUUAUCAAAGAUUGAACGAGUCAAAUUUGGAUGCUGCUAGGUUGGAGAACUUGAAGCAUACCAAUCCCCAAGAUCUACCACCUCAUUUCAGGUAUUUACAAUUGAGAUCUAAGAAAUAUCAAGACAACUUGAAGAUCAGGAGUAAACUCUCCAACUUGAUAAGGUCUACGUUCAUUGAAAGUCAUGAUUUCACUGAAAUCGAAACUCCGUUGUUAUUCAAAUCAACUCCAGAAGGUGCUAGAGAAUUCCUCGUCCCCACUAGAUCUUCCAACUUAUUCUACGCCCUUCCCCAAUCACCUCAACAGUAUAAGCAAAUCUUGAUGAGUUCUGGAUUUACUAGAUAUUUCCAACUUGCUAAAUGUUUCCGUGAUGAAGAUUUACGUGCUGAUAGACAACCUGAAUUUACUCAGGUCGAUUUGGAAAUGAGCUUUGUUUCUUCAAGUGAUCAAGUUCAAAUCGUUGUGGAAGAUGUGAUAUAUCAAGUUUUCAACAAAGGUGCUGAGUUACCCAUGUACAUAGUCAACGAAAAGGGUAAUUUAAUCGAGCUUAAGAAUUUCAACAAUGAUAAAACCCAAUUUACCAAAUUGACAUAUCAAGAUGCAUUGUCCAAAUAUGGUAUCGACAAACCUGAUCUCAGAUUUGAUUUAGCCUUCAAAAAUUUGAGUGCAUAUUUCACAAACAACAAUGAAGAUUUCCCCAUCGUUGAAGCAUGUGUUUUAAAGCAAGGUCUUGUUGAUGGAAAGAUUCCAAAGGCUUUGACAGAUUCUUUGAAUUAUAAUAGACGUAAGCCUUUUGUCAUUGGAAUCAAAAAACCUGCAGAUAUAAAGUGGUAUAGAAAGUUUGUGGAGAAAGGAAUAUUGACUUUACGAGGAGAAGAGACUGCUAUAGAUAAUUUUCUUUCAGUGGAAGUAGGUGACAUUGUUGCUUUCAGUGACAGAAUGGAGAUACCUUAUGAAAAUCCUACCCCCCUCGGGAAAUUUAGGCAAUUAGCCAUAUCAGAAUACGACAAUAAAUGGCAAAGACCAAUUGAAACCUCAGAAGGUUUGAUUGAUGAGUAUGAUGCUUCGAAAGUCUUUGUUGGUAGUUGGGUGGUGGACUUCCCUUUGUUCAACCCCACGGAUGUUAGUAAUGGUGAUGAAGCAUAUCCUAGUUAUGACAAGUCGAAUUUUGAAUCUACCCAUCAUCCUUUCACCAUGGUCAAGACUGAAGAUUACAAGAAAUUGUCAUCUGACCCAUUGGCUGCCCAUGGUGAACACUACGAUUUAGUUGUGAAUGGUGUGGAAGUUGGAGGUGGAUCGAGAAGGGUUCAUGAUGCAAAGUUACAACAAUUCAUCUUUGAAGAGAUCUUGGGUAUCGAGAAUUAUAGACAAUUAUUCGGUCAUUUAUUGGACGCUUUGAGUAUGGGUUGUCCACCUCAUGCUGGUUUAGCGAUUGGUUUCGAUAGAUUGUGUGCUAUGGUGGUUGGUAGCUCCAGUAUCAGAGAUGUGAUUGCGUUCCCAAAAAAUCAAUCAGGCGUUGAUAUGGUUGUUGAAAGUCCCACACUGGUAGAUGAGAAAGUUUUGAAAGAAUAUUUCAUUAAGAGCCUAUAA